AUGAGUCAUAUGGUGACAAGAGAAGAUGAUUCUUUACAAUUAUUAGGAACACUGCUGGCUCGGAAUUUACGUGUUUCAGCAAAAAGCAUCUUAUCUUACCCCGGAUCUCCAAAGCAAAGGUGUAAACUGAUGAAUGACAACCAGCACCAGUUCAUGUUUCCAUAUCAGCAGAAGCGACAGCGUUAUGUGAUGAAAGAUGGGAAAUGCCAAGUCAAUCUUGGACACAUUGAAGAGAAGCACAAGUUCCUUUUUGACAUUUUCACUACUGUAGUAGAUUUGAAGUACCGCUGGUUUCUCUUCGUCUUCAUGAUGUGUUAUCUUUUGACUUGGGUGACUUUUGGGUUUUUGUACUUCCUGGAUGCAUACAUUAGAGGUGAUAUUUACCAUGUAGGUGAAGCUGAUUGGAAACCUUGCUUAGAAAAUGUGGAUGGCUUCAUUUCUGCCUUACUGUUAUCAAUUGAAAGUCAAAGGACAAUUGGCUAUGGGUCUCGCAUGGUAACAUCGAAUUGUGCAGAAGGUGUCAUUCUACUCAUAGCUCAAUGCGUCGUUGGUUCAAUGAUUGAUGCCAUGAUGGUGGGCUGUGUGUUUGUGAAGAUCUCUCGUCCCAAGAAGCGAGCCGAGACUCUGAAGUUUAGUAAAUAUGCAGUGAUAUCGCACAGGGAUGAUGAACUUUGCCUGAUGUUUAGAAUUGGUGACCUGAGGGAAAGCCACAUGGUUGAUGCAAAACUGAGGGCCAAACUCAUCAAAUCUAGACAAACAAAGGAAGGUGAAUUCAUACCUCUAGAUCAAACAGAAAUCAACCUUGGCUACGACACAGGGAAAGACCGCCUGUUCCUGGUAGAACCCCAGACCAUUAGCCACAUCAUCAAUGAGAAUAGUCCAUUCUGGGUAAUGUGUGCUGAGUCAAUGAAGAGGGAACAGUUUGAAAUUAUUGUAAUCCUGGAAGGCAUCGUGGAAUCCACAGGAAUGACCUGCCAAGCGAGGACUUCCUAUAAAGAAGAUGAGAUCCUCUGGGGCCACCGGUUUGAGUCUUGCAUCCUCUUAGAGAAAGGUGCAUUCCGAGUUGAUUACACCAAGUUUGACAAGACAUUUGAGGUACAGAUGCCACCAGGCAGUGCCAAGGACAUGCAUGAGGCAAAAGAAAUAGAGAAAAACUACCUGUCCUCACUCCAUUUGUACUGGGAGAAUCUGAACCAUUCCUGUGCCAAAGAGCAGGGCCAUAGUUUGACUGAGAAUUCCAAUAUUAUGGAAGAGAAUAACAUGGAAGAUGUGGGGAAUGACUAA